GGCGCCAGAACCAACAGCUGUGCCUACCCAACUGUUACCAGAGAACUGGCAGUUAUAACAAAAACUCUUUUAGAGGCAAGCUUGAGUAACGCUUCUGUAUCAGUUUAUAAAAGACCUUGGAAGUUAUUUACAGAUUGGUCGGCUUCUUAUUUAGGUGAUAUGCCUAUUAAUUUGCCUCUUCAACCGGCCAUACUGGCCCUUUUUAUCGCGCAUCUAUACUCUAGGAGUUAUUCUUGUUCGUCAGUAACCACUUACAUUUCUGCUAUUAGUUACGUUCAUAAACUUGCUGGUGUCGCUGAUCCUACUGAGACGCCACUUAUUAUACAAAUUUUAAAGGGUUAUCGGAAACUAACUCCCGUCAAUGAUGUCAGGUUACCUAUUACUUUACCAGUAUUACGGAACUUAAUUAGAGCUUUCGAGCAUUCCCUUUCGUCACAUUACCAGUCUCGUCUCAUGUCUGCCAUGUGUGCUUUGGCAUUUUUCGCUUUUCUCCGCAUUGGGGAG